AAAAAGAAUAGAAUGCAAAGAAAUGAAUGAGUUCAUACUAGCUCGUGAAAAAGAUAUUGGAUAUUGAUACUAGCUCGCGACAUAGAAAUUGUCUAUUGAGUACUAGAGGUCACCUAGUUUUCGAAUCUCGUUGUCCGUUGGUUUAUGUCUGAAGAUAUGUCACAAAACACGACGGCUAUUAUUGCUGUUGUUGCUUCAGUAACAGCAGUUGUUGCUGUGUCAGGUGUUGUAUUAGGAUUAAUACUCAAACCUAAAAAGCCGAAGAAAACCCUUGUGGAUAAUGAUACAAAAAUUCCUUUACGAGUAGUGGAUAGAAGUUUUGUCACUCAUGAUACAAUCCGCCUAAAACUAGGUCUUCCUUCAGCUGACCAUGUUCUUGGAUUACCAGUUGGUAAUCAUAUAUACUUCACUGCAAAAAUUGAUGGUAACGUAGUCGUCCGACCUUACACCCCAAUUACAUUAGAUGCUCAAAAAGGAUAUGUUGACUUCGUCAUAAAAGUUUAUAAAGGAAAUGUUAAAUUUCCCAAAGGUGGAGUUAUGUCACAAUAUGUGGCCAAUCUUCCUAUCAAUGGAUUUAUUGAUGUUCGUGGUCCAGCUGGAAAAUUAGAAUACAAAGGAUGCGGUUUAUUCCAUAUUAAAUCGGAUUUACGUAGUCCACCAAAUCCUGUCAAAGUGAAACGUGUCAAUAUGAUUUGUGGUGGAUCUGGUAUUACACCAAUGUUUCAAUUAUUAUCCCACAUACUACAAUCUAAAAAUGAUACAACACAAAUUGCAAUGAUUUUUGCUAAUCUGACUGAAAAAGAUAUCAUUUUACGUGAUGAAUUAGAAAGCUUCAGAGAUAAAUAUCCUAAUCAUUUUCGUCUUUGGUAUACAGUGAAUGAAGCACCUGAACGUUGGACCUAUAGUACUGGUCAUGUAAAUGAACAAAUGUUACAAGAACAUAUUUAUCCAUCGAAAGAGGAUACACUCACGCUGAUUUGUGGUCCACCACCAUUUAUUGAAUUUGCUUGUCUACCAUCAUUGGCUAAAUUAAAUUAUCCGAAAAAUUUGAUUCAUGUCUUUUAAGAGGGGUUGGAGGUUCAGUCAAUCAAUCAGUCAAUUAAUCAAUCAAUCAGUGUAACACUUUGCAUUGAUCUUGCUGUUUGCUUACAACAUAACAUGAUACUUGCUGUAUUUUGUGUGUGAAUGUGUGUGUGUGUAGUUUUAUAAUUUGCAUGCUUAGAGGUGAUGGGUUGGGGUGAUGUGGUGUAGAGAAAGUGUACUACACACAUUUUAAACUCUCUCUCUCCUUUUUUUCUUAAUCAUCAUAUAUGUUCAUUUUCAACUUAAAAAUGAACACAUGAACCAACCACCAAACAACAUUAUCGUGAUAUUUACAAUCUUAAUUACACAUACAUAAAUCAAUGAUCAAGAAAAAAUUAUUUUAUUAAUACACUGUCAUAUUUUUAUUAAUUUCAUUGACAUUCAUCAUGGUUUGCAUUCUGUGACAAUUAUAUACUCACCCGCCCCCCCCCCUCGCUUAGCGUCUUCUUCUCCGUCUUGUUUUCAUAUAGAUAGAUAUAUAUCUUUCUAAAAAAUCAAUAAUUGUGCUAGAAUAUAAUUGGUUUUUUUACACAUUUGAAAUCAA